UUACAUCUAUUAUCCUGGAUAUGUGAGCAUCUGGCCAUUGGAGGAAGAGGAAACCUCGUCGGGGUCACAUGGAAAUACUGAUGUAGUGCCGGUCUUUCGAGUGGAUGACAAGAUUUGAAUCGGAGGACAAAUCACAAGAAGGCUUCUAUCCCCCCUUGUUUCAUAUGGAGAAGGCAAAUUCACCUGCUCAAGUUUCUCAACAUGUGAAAUAUAAAUGUGAAGAGAGGGUCUCAGAAGAAGUAUGUAAGGAUGAGCAAGAAACAUAUCUCAGAAUGAACUGGGGCCUCCUUUUGAUGCAUGGUAUAGAGGUUGAUGAAGAGCACUGUAAAUGGAGUUCUGGACAUCUGGAACAGGAGAGCAUCUGCAUGAACAAGCAGGAGGAUUGUGAUAGUGGACCUAUGGACUUUACUGUGGACUCUGAGCUGUUGUCUUACAUCACUAAUGUGCACAAAAACAAAACUGUCAGCAAUAAAAAGGAAGAAGACCUCAGUUCUGAGUCUGACAGGCAGUGUUAUUAUCCAGAUGAAGAGGGUCCUGGAUUGGGAUUGACCCCCACUAGACACUGCCCACAACAGCAACAUUCUGCCAAUGUGAGAUUUGAAUCUGAGAUUAAGAGGACAGUCAAAGCAUCAGAUUCAAGUCCUGCCGGAGAAGCCUAUGGCAGCUUCUUCUUAUCUCCAUUGGCUCAGACAUCUCCUCGGUGCAGAUCUCAACAGACAGUAGAUGAUAAGAAUAUGAAGAACCUGACGUUAGAAUCAAAGAAUGGGACACCCGCCUCUAUGCAGGAUGAUUCUCAGCCGGUGAUGAAACUAAACACAGUAGGUGUGAUCACCACUCAAACUCAGAUACCCAAUUCGGAUGUAACCGCAGUCUACCAGAGAAAGAGUGAACUGGUUAAAAGAAAAUGUAAGUCCAGGAAUUGUAAUCUAUGUCAGAAACAACAGCAGCCAUAUGAGUGUUCUGAAUGUAGCAAGAAAUUCAAACAAAUGAGCCAUCUAAAAAAACACCGAAGAAUUCACACUGGAGAGAAGCCCUAUUGUUGUUCAGAAUGUAGGAAACAAUUCCGAACAAUCGGCGAACUUAAGCAGCACAGAAGAAUUCACACAGGGGAGAAGCCAUUUUCCUGUCCAGAAUGUGGAAAAGGAUUUACCACCAUUGGCAGCCUUCAUAGACAUGUAAAAAAUCACACUGGAGAGAAGCCCAAUUGUUGUUCACAAUGUAGAAAGAAAUUCCGAACAAUGAGCAAUCUUAAGCAGCACAGAAGAAUUCACACUGGAGAGAAGCCAUAUUGUUGUUCUGACUGUGGUAAGCGAUUCCAUCAACUGAACGGUCUAAAUAACCACAGAAGACAUCACACAGGAGAGAAGCCUUAAUAUUGUCCAUAAUUUGGUAGGGGAUUUACCAGCAUUGCCAACCUUCAGAAACUGCAGAAACAUGUUAAAAUGCACA